AUGGAGGUUCCGCAAUCCAGCUGCUGGCGUCCCCGAUGGUGUUGCGAUCCCCGUCACCUGCCCUGGAGACGGAAGACGAGGGACGCAUUACCGACGUCAAGUUGGCAUCGGAGGAUGAGGCCGGCGUCCGGCUGGCAGGCCAGGAAGCCGAGACCGAAGGCAUCGCUCUGUAGGUUGUCGUUCCGGAGGAUCCGGAGGGCCGCAGCCGGAUUCGGGCGGAUCCGGUUGGGCGACGAGACGCCGUCGGGCAGGCCGGAGGAGCUUCGACGGAUUUUCUCGGCGGAUUUUUUUCGACAGUUUUUCUCCGACGUUGUGCGGAUGGUGUUCGCCCAGCGGGCGGUGGCAUGGGCAGCCGCCGCGGCCAGAGAGUGGCAGAAACGGCUGGACCAGGCAGAGGCCGAAGAGGCCUUAUUAUGGGCGCAGCCGGACCCACAGGAGCAGUCAUCGCCGCCGCCGCAGCAGUCUCCGCAGUUAACACCGCCGCCACCGCCACCGCCACCGCCACCGCCGCCGCCGCAGUCUCCGCCACCACAGUCUUCGCCACCACCACCACAGUCUUUGCCGCCACAGUCUUCGCCACCACCACCACAGUCUUUGCCGCCGCCGUCGCCACAGGCACCGCCGGAACUGCCGCCAUUGCCGUCACCAAGGAAAUUAGCCCGGCAGUCGUUGUGCCCGGAGUCAGCAAACGGCGGACAGCGUCCUCUACCGCAUCCCGGCGGAGUCGUAAGGGUGUUGAAGGCGAAAUAA